CUGGCUGCCAAAUAUUCUCUCUUUCUCUCUCUAUAAAUUGUUUUCUUCUGUUUCUUCUUGUUUUCUCCUUUCAGAGAAUACCCAUUUCUUCUUUCGUGAUGAUGAUUCCAAUGGAUUGAUUGGUUGAGCUCUUUAUUACCUCUGUAGACAAACCCACCAUGCAGACUUCAUCUGUGACUCAAGAAACCAGUAAUUCUUUUGGCUUUGUAUCCAAAUUGGGUCGCUAUGCAUUUGAUUUUAAGUUAAACAACUUAAAUUCAGAAGGGUACCCUUGUAUUUUGCCCAAUUUUUUGUACUUCGAUGGGUUUGGGAGUUGGGUUGGUGAAAAGAAGCCAAAGGUUGUGGCUUCUUUGAGUUUGAAUAGUAAAUGCUCUUCAAGUUUUCGAAGAAUUCUCAGUGAGUACAAUAAAGCCAUUAGGUUUCAUUGUGAGAGAAUCCCUCUUGGGUUUGCCUCGCUUGGUAAUCUUUCUGAAGAGAAUAAUGGGUUGAGCGAUAAUGGAAGUGGUGUUUUGGAGGGUGAGGGACUACCCUUAAAUGGAAUUGAAUCAGAUAAUCCGAAAAAGGUGCUCAUUUUGAUGAGUGACACUGGUGGGGGUCAUCGGGCUUCCGCAGAGGCCAUUAAGGCAGCGUUUAAUGAAGAAUUUGGUGAUGAAUAUCAGGUGUUUGUUACUGAUUUGUGGACAGAUCAUACUCCUUGGCCAUUUAACCAAUUGCCACGAAGUUAUAACUUCUUGGUGAAACAUGGGCCUCUGUGGAAAAUGACAUACUAUGCUUCUGCUCCUCGUCUGGUGCAUCAAUCCAAUUUUGCUGCUACAUCAACUUUUAUAGCUAGAGAGGUUGCUAAAGGUUUGAUGAAAUACCAGCCAAAUAUUAUUAUCAGUGUACAUCCUUUGAUGCAACAUGUUCCGCUUCGUAUCUUGAGGGCAAAGGGUCUUUUGAAGAAGAUUGUGUUUACCACUGUUAUAACAGAUUUAAGCACUUGUCAUCCUACUUGGUUUCAUAAACUUGUAACAAGAUGCUACUGCCCAUCUGAAGACGUGGCCAAGAGGGCAUUGAAAGCUGGCCUUCAGACUUCUCAAAUUAAGGUUCAUGGCCUUCCUGUGCGGCCUUCCUUUGUGAAGCCUGUGCGACCAAAGGACGAAUUGAGAAAGGAGCUUGGAAUGGAUGAGGAUCUUCCAGCUGUAUUGGUGAUGGGUGGUGGGGAAGGGAUGGGUCCCAUUGAGGCUACUGCUCGGGCACUUGGCAAGGUGUUAUAUGAUGAGGCUCUUGGCGAACCAAUUGGUCAGGUCCUUGUGAUAUGUGGCCACAAUAAAAAGCUCAGCAGCAGAUUGCUUUCAAUUGACUGGAAGAUUCCUGUACAGGUGAAGGGGUUUGUCACUAAAAUGGAGGAAUGUAUGGGUGCUUGUGAUUGCAUUAUCACUAAGGCUGGUCCAGGGACUAUUGCAGAAGCUAUGAUCCGAGGACUCCCCAUAAUUUUAAAUGAUUACAUUGCUGGACAGGGUAAUGUAUAUUCUACCAGUGCUCUUUUGGAUGAAAUAAUUGCUGUUUCUGAUGGACUUCAUGUCAGGGAAGAGUCGCUAGAUGUUAGAAAGAAGUUCCUUUUUUUGGAGAUGAUGUAA